AUGAGUAGUCGAAAUUCCCAACGCAAACUGACUUUCAAUGUCGGAGAAAACUAUGAAGUCAUGGAUGCUGUGGGCGAAGGAGCAUACGGAGUGGUUUGUUCUGCAACCCACAAACCCACCGGUCAGAAGGUCGCAAUCAAAAAGAUAACUCCUUUUGAUCAUUCGAUGUUUUGCCUGAGAACAUUAAGAGAAAUUAAGCUCCUACGAUACUUCAAUCAUGAAAACAUUAUUGCCAUUUUAGACAUCGUCAAGCCCGAAAACUUGGAGAAAUUCACUGAAGUCUAUCUUAUUCAAGAACUUAUGGAAACUGAUAUGCAUCGUGUCAUUCGCACCCAAGAUUUGAGUGAUGAUCAUUGUCAGUAUUUUAUCUAUCAAACUCUACGUGCUCUUAAAGCCUUGCAUUCUGCGAACGUUCUUCACCGAGAUCUUAAACCUAGCAAUUUAUUGCUCAAUGCAAAUUGCGAUUUGAAGGUUUGUGAUUUUGGGCUUGCCAGAAGCGCAAACUCCAGUGACGAACACAGUGGCUUUAUGACAGAAUACGUUGCCACUCGAUGGUAUCGUGCCCCUGAAAUCAUGUUAACAUUCAAGGAGUACACCAAAGCCAUCGAUGUAUGGUCCGUUGGUUGUAUCUUGGCUGAAAUGUUAAAUGGGAAACCGUUAUUUCCUGGAAGAGAUUAUCACCAUCAAUUAAGUUUAAUUCUUGAGGUGCUUGGUACGCCAAACAUGGAAGAUUUUUAUGCCAUCAAGAGUCGGAGGGCUCGAGAUUAUAUUCGCUCUCUUCCGUUCAAGAAGAAGGUCCCCUUCACCAGUAUGUUCCCUCAAGCGAAUCCAUUAGCCCUUGAUAUGUUGGAGAAAUUAUUAGCUUUUAAUCCUGUCAAGAGAAUUACCGUCGAGGAGGCUUUGAGGCAUCCUUACUUGGAGCCUUAUCAUGAUCCCGAUGACGAACCAUCUGCUGAUCCAAUUCCAGAAUCCUUUUUCGACUUUGAUAAACACAAGGAUUCCCUGUCAAAAGAACAGUUAAAACAACUCAUCUACGACGAAAUCAUGCGUCCAAUAUAA